AUGGUUGCAUUUUCAAUAGAACAAAAAAAUUUUAUAGGGAAUCCAAUGUUUAAUAUUACAAUAGAAUAAAGGUAAAUAAACAUAUGUAUAUAUUAAUUUUAGACAUUAUUAUCGAGAUAAAAAUGGUAAUUAAAUAAAAUAAAUUAAUUAUUUAUAAUUGGAACCAUGUACAUUAGAUCAUUUUUAAUUUCUCUUAAAUUAACCUGAAUCUAAUUUUGAAUCUGAAUAUUAUAUGCUUGAAUUAGAUAAAUGGCUUUGUCCAUAGUAAUAAAUUAUUUAUUUUACCAUUUAGAAAAGAUUUUUAAUUUAAUAUAUAAGGAACCUACACUAGCAGCCAAUUUGAUUUUAUUAGAGUUAUUGUUAAUGAUUGUGAUGAUUCUAAGAAUGGCUAUUUAAAUUGGAAACCUACUUGUGCUAAAUAAUCUGAAAUUAAUGAACAUUUAAAUAAAGAAGGAUAAUUUAAAUUGUAAAUUUAUUAAGUCAAUAAUGUUAUCAAUCCAAAAGCUCCUGAAUAAUAUUAUUAAUCAUAUCUUGAUGGAGAAAUGUAUUUUACAUUUGUUCCUAAGAAAUUAUCAAGACAAGCAAAUUUAUUUUUUAGAAAAUAUGAUUUUUAAAAUGACGAUUCGUUAUUACCAUAUCAGUAAAAUAUAUAUACAUAUAGUUUAGAUCUAUUAAUGAUAAAGAAUUAAUUGUUAGAUAAAGUGUAGAUUAUAGAGAUUUAACAGAAAUUGGAAGAGAUACUGAUGAAAAUUAUGCUAUUGCUUAUCUAAGAAGAAGUCAAUUCUCAGAAUUUAUAAAUAGAAGAUAUAUUAAAAUUGAUGAAUUAUUAUCAUUUCUUGGAGGAUUUUUAUAAAUUAUGAUUACAGGUUUUGGAAUAUUUAUUAUGUAUUAUAAUAAACUAUCAUGUAAACUAUUUUAAUUAUAUAAAUUUAGUAUAAAUUGAAUUAUCCAAUAAAUUGUAUAACUUCCCAGAAAAAUAAGGAAAAACUAAAAUCAAAUAAAAUCAAGUUUAACAAACCUUAGAAGGAUCAAUGUUUAAUGAUUCUAAAUUGAUUGUACAUUCUGACUAAGGAGUUCCUAAAGCCACUUUAAUAUUUGACAAAGAGGAAUGCAAAUUUCCUAAACAUAUUUUAAAAUUAUUUGAACAAUCUUAAAGAUUAACCUUAUCUCUGAAAUCAUUAAUUAAUCAUUUAUCAUUCAAAUUAAUUUUUAAUAAUGAUGAAACUUAACUUUUCUAAAAAGCUAUGUAUUUAAAUAAGUCAAAUAUUAUAGGGAUGCUGUUGAUUAAAAUUUGGAUAUCUAAGAAAUCCUUUAUUAAUUACAAGAAAUAGCUAAAUUAAAAGCCUUAAUUCUGAAAAAUCAGUAAAUAACAUUAUUUAAUUUUACACCAAAACCCAAUUUGACAUUAAAAGAUGAAGAACAGAUUCCAAAUAGAUUAAUAAUAGAAUAAACUUUUUCUGACUAAGAGAAAUAAGGAACUUAUAAAGAAGAUUUAAUAAAUGAACUUUAUAAUGUAAAUCAUAUAAAUUAUUAUAUAAGGCAUGGUUAGAAAUAAAAUCUGAUAAAACUUAAAAUAUUUGUCAAUACGAAUUAAAUCAGAGACUAAAUCAAGGAUUAGGUAAUGAAUUUCAACAAAUAUUUUCUGAUUAUGAAAGAGCAUGUAUUAAUUAGAAAAUAUAGAAGGAAUCUUAAUAAACAAUUUAAACUCAAACAUUAAUAUAGUAAACUUUAAAUUGA